GUUUGAAUCAAUUGCACAAAAUCAUAGCAAAAAAUCGAUCUCUCAAUAUGUUCGUUCUUCUUCGUAAAAUGUUCGGUGCAUGAUCGUCAACGGACGGAAGCGGUUUUGAGAACAUGGCGGACGCAAGAGAGUUGAUGGUUCAUAAUUUUUCUGAGCGUUUGUUAGAUACCGUUGUUCACUUUCAUAUCAUGAAAAUGAAAGACAGCUUACUUAUAUGGAUAGGAAAGAAAGCAGAAUUGAAUUCCUUGUCAGUUGCAAUGUGCACCAAAUAUGUGAGUGUCCACACCCCCCUGGGGCAUUAGCAAAGUAGCAAGUAUCAAACUGGUAGCAGAGGUUUCUAAGAGCAAAACUUCUCUUUGUAAAAUCCUCUGCUUAUAGUGUAGUUUAUGCUUGAAUUACCAAUGUCAAUAACUCAACAAUAUUUAAUUGUUACCUAUGUAGGCAAGCACUCCAGCAGUAACAAAUUUAUUGGGAGAUGUCUCUGAUGUGACCUCCAACACACUGGCUCAGAAACUUGGUAAACAAGUUGAUAUUUACCUUAUAAAUCAAAUUAUGAAAAUUGUAGUUUGAAUACAACUACAAGUCUUCUCAAUUUAACAUGUUCUCAAGUGUUCCAUGUUAUUCUUUUCUUUUCAGCAAAAAAGUUAAAGAAGCAGUGUUUUAUAAGCUAUAAUUUACCUCCAGGAAACAACCUACAUUCCUUGGUAGAGACAAGAUUAGUAAAAGAAAUUGAAAAUAAACCAAACCAUUUUUGAAAUAUUGUUCAAAGACAUUCAGCAAAACAGAAAUGUAAAUAACUGUAAAAACAUAAUAGUACAAAAGUACUGGUAACUGGUGUUCUUCUAGACGUUUUUCAACUUUAAAUUAAUAGUGGCAUUAGUGGGAAAUUUGGCCGCCAUAUUGGAAUGAAAAUAACACCGCUUUAAUAAUAGAAAACGUGCAUUUCAUCACAUUCUUUAUGGUUAAAUAAAACAAGUAAACACUUAAAAUAUACAAUCAUACCUGGAAUUCAGUCCAGUCCAAGUUUUAACAUUGUUUUUCUCGGAGUUAGCCGAGCACAUCUUGCUCUUAAACGCUUCAAAAUUGUAAUUUUUAAGAUUUCCCGCUCUCAAAAUUCUCCCCAAUUCUUUCGGAAGUAGAUUUAGCCAAUCAUAGAACGUGUUGGUCGAUCGAGUUUUCAUCCAAUUGCAAGACGUUUUAGGACGAGGUCAUUGCAUUGAAUUUAAGUUACACACAAAAAUUAGGAGAUAUAAGAACAAUAGUCAAUAUCGAGUUGGCGAAUUAUAUUUCUAUUAAUUAAUGAAUAGCGUUUAUCUUUAUUAUCUGUUUUUAUGUUAUCAAAAUACUGAUGUACAAGUUCAUAUGACAAGUUAAUAUAUUACAUCCUUUUUACAAUAACUAUCUACAAACAAUUACCGUAGUUUUUUAUGUACAAACAUGAUUACGUUAGUAUGGUUAUGAAAACGACAAUUUUACAAUUCAUGUUUAAACUAACAAGAUUGAUGUUCUCUACUACGCCCGAGACUAAAUUUCGUCAGGUCAUCAUUAGAACUACCAACCCUGAUUAGGACCAUUUUCUUGGAUUAUUGCAUGGUUUAUGGGAACUUUCGGAAUAAUGCAUCACAUUGGCAACAAUCAUCAAUAAGUGAAGUAACUUCGCAUUUUCUGGAUUAACCAGAAAGACGUGGUCUGUUGGUCAAAAUGUGGGAACCCGAGCUGAUUAUUGAAAUUUGAUAAACGCCAAGGUUAAGAAUUUCGAUCAACUUUUCCCGAGAUGUAAUGAACAACAGCUUUAGGAUUGCUGACAUCUUCUUGAAGUAAGAUAUCCACUGCGGCUCUCCAUUGGUGAAUACUGAUACAUGAACUCUGCAAGAAGAAAUAUAAUUAUCGCACUCAUCCUCCACCAAUGCUCACUAAAAGUAUAACAUCAUACCUGUUCUAGAGCUGAACAGUCUUUUCCACGACUUAAGUAAUGACUUUUCCAGAAUUUCAACAAAGAUCUAUAUAGCAUGAAAAAGUUUGGUUAUUUAGAAAUUAUAUUUUGUUGUUUGACUCCAGUUGUAUAUUCAAUAAUCCCAUAUACCUUAAAUUGUCAAGUAUGAACCCAGGUUUUUUUAAAGCGGCUUCUUCAUUACGAAAUGCUUUGAGAUAUAGUGGCAGAUAUCCCUUGUCCAACGCAAACAUUAGAAACACCAAAGCUGUGUUUAAACAACUCACGUUUUCCUGUAGAACAUUGGAAAAUAUAAUUACUGCAUGUGACCAUGUUUUAUCAAUUUAUCAUCCUGUGUAUAAUUGAAACCAUUGUAUUGAUCUCACCUGUGUUAGUGUCUCGACCGUGACGGACAUAAUAAGUUUGUGUAAUAAAUACACACGUUGCCCAAAAUUUGACACCAUCACUGUUAGAUGGAAUGCCAGACCUACAUUUUAAUAGACAGGUAUGAAAAACAAUUCAAAAUACGAUGCGUAUUUGUUGUG